CAGCAGAUUGUCGACAAGUUGAUUUAUUGUUCUUCUUCAAAAUUGACAGAUCCUUACGAUUUAAAAGAGCUCUUCUCCCAAUAAAAACAGCCUGAGCACAGAGUGGGUUACGAAGUUAAGAGAAGGACCGGUUGACCUAAAUAGAGGACGUUCAUGUCUUUGGGAGUGAAUGCCUCAGAGAGGGGCUCUGUCACAGCCCCGUCUUCCAUCCCUCCCGCCUUCCUCUCUCACCUCUCCCCCAGCACUGACCUCGGAGUCGCUGUCUUUCUCAUCCUCACCGGUGUCGUAUCAAUGGCUGGAAAUGGCAUAGUGUUGUUAGUUUACUGUAGAAAAAAGAAGAAGCUCAGACCUCCUGAACUCAUGACUAUCAAUCUGACCAUCUGUGAUUUUGGAUACAGCCUCUUGGGGGCACCGUUCAUCAUCACUUCCAGUCUGUCCCAUGGCUGGAUUUUUGGGGAGGCCGGGUGUCUGUGGUAUGGGUGGCAGGGCUUUGUGUUUGGGAUUGGGUCCCUCAUCACCAGCUGUCUCAUCUCCCUGGACCGCUGCCUCAAGAUCUGCAGCUUAAGAUAUGGUCAGUGGAUAGAGAAACGUCACAUGUCCAUGACCAUAGUACUGGGGUGGUUCUACACUCUGUUCUGGGCAUCCCUGCCUUUAUUGGGCUUUGGCAGCUACGGACCAGAACCUUUUGGAACCAGCUGCACCAUAAACUGGUGGAGGGUUAGGUCGUCUCUGAGUGACAAGGCCUACGUCUUCCUGAUCAUGAUCAUGUGCUUUGUUCUCCCCACACUCACCAUCGUCAUCUCCUACGUGACCAUUCUGCUAACGGUUUACCGUUCUAGUCGCACUCUGGCAUCCAUUCCUUCUUCAAAUCACACCAGCAAAGACCUAAGGCUCACAAAGAUAGCAGCAGUGGUAUGCUCCACCUUCCUCCUGUCCUGGACGCCCUACACCAUCGUCUCCCUCUACUCUGCCUUUGCCCCCAAGGAGGAGCCGGUGGCUGAGUGGGCAUUGCAGGGAGGGGGGCCAGGAGAAUCCCCCGGAAUGGGCCCAGCCUUCCCCAACAUCCCCAACAUAAUGGAACUCCUCAACUGGACCUCCCUGGAAAACUAUGGAAGUGUCUACUAUGAUCCUGUGGAAACCUGGAGUAACACGGACAACCCAGAUUCUUACUCCGUCUCCUCCAGUUCAACCCCCAGCCAGGAGGGAGAGAUAGAGACAGGGAGACCCCAGCCUGUGUCCUGUCUCCCACCAAUCAUGUCCCUGAUCCCAGCCAUGUUUGCCAAGUCUCAUUGCAUGAUAAACCCCUUUAUUUACCAGAUCAUGAACAAGGAGUUCAGAGAGGAUGUGUGUGACAUUUUCUUUGGGAGACAAAAGCGGCAGAGAACAACACGAGGAACAGCAGGGAGCUACUCAGACACACAAAAAGACAGACUCUCUCUGUCCUACUCCCACAGCUGGAGACAGAGGAGUAUCCCUACAACUUUGAAGGAGUCGGGGAAGACAGAAAGGAGUGGAGAGGAAGGAGGAAGGUGGGGUAAAGUGGCAGGGGGCAGUCUGCCAGACAACACCUCGGGGUUGAGGGAUUCCCUGGAAGUGGUCUCGCUGGACACACAGGUCAACGUAGAGGGGCAGAGAGAGAGUUAGGCGGAGAUACAGAAAGACACCUGGGAGCCUCCCCCCAAGUAGUCUUCUUACCCAAUGAGAGAUGUAGAUGCUAAGUUACCAUUUGUAUUUAUACAGCAAGUAGUGUAUUGUAUCAUGGUGAGUAUGUGUUUUGUGCUGACAGCAGGGGCGUAGAUUGUGCAGGCUCAUGACCCCCCAAUAUGCACCCCGCCCCCGGGAUCCAUUGACCCUGACCCCCCCAAUAUGUAAUACAAAUCUUCACCCUUGGCUGACUUUGUGUGUUCCAUGGGUCAAACCUGCUGCGGCCAAGUCCAUUGCUGUUUCAAAACUCUAUCACCUACCAUUCCCUACUGUCUCUGAGCAAUAAAGUAUCAAAAUACCUGAAAACGUAUAUAUAUAUUAUUACUAUCUAUAUAAUUUUUUUGUUGCAUGAACAAUUCGUCUCUGUAUAACUGUAUAUCUAUAUAGCCUAUAGUUUGUAUUUUUGCUAAUUGUGGUUAUUGUGACUAUUUUGAAGCACCAUUUCUGCUGUAUUUUCUCUGGCUUAUUUGUACGUUUUCAUU